AUGGACAAAAGCUGGAUGAACUUGACCGAUAGAUUCCGAUCGCCUGCAUAUGCAGAUGGGGUUAACACUUUCCUUACCUUUGCACGAAACCAUUCUCGGGGAAGUGAUCGCAUUCGGUGUCCUUGUCGUUCAUGCAGAAAUAUGAUAUUCUUACCUAUAUUUGAUGUGGAGACUCACUUGUUCAUUAAAGGGAUCAAUCCAAAUUAUACCCAGUGGAUCUUUCAUGGAGAGGAGGAAACAACAAGUUUCAAUGAUGACGACGACGAUGGUGGUGCUGAUUAUGCUGACGAGUACAUUGAUGCCAUGGACCAUAUGUUAGAUGACGUUCGGGCAGGCACAUUCGUUGAUGUUCCCCAAGAUCAUCACAAUCCAUUGCCAACUGGUGGAUCAAUACCAUAUCCGUCUCCAAGUUCGUCUUUUGAUCAGUUACUAGAGGAUGCCCACCGUCCACUUUUUGCUGGUUGUACAAAGUUCUCAAAACUGUCAUUUAUUGUGAAGUUGUUACACAUUAAGAAAGUUGGUGGGUGGUCAAUAAAGUCCUUUGAUAUGCUACUUAACCUAUUACAGUCCGCAUUUCCUGAUGCUGAAUUACCAAAUUCAUAUGCGGAGUCAAGGUGGAUGCCUAAUACACACAGGGCACGUCUUAUACCAAGGAAAGUGUUGCGGCAUUUUCCUUUGAAGUCAAGAUUGCAACGUCUCUUCAUGUCGAAAGAGAUAGCAUGUGAUAUGAGAUGGCAUAAAGAGCAUCGGCCAACCGAUGAGGCUACUAUGAGACAUCCUGCAGACUCAGAGUCGUGGAAGAGAUUUGAUGACGAACAUAGUUGGUUCGCACAUGAUGCUCGCAAUGUUAGGCUUGGGAUGGCAAGUGACGGUUUCAAUCCCUUCAAUAAUAUGGCUAAACCAUAUAGCAUUUGGCCAGUAAUCUUGGUUCCUAAUAACUUGCCGCUGUGGUUGUGCAUGAAGGACCAAUUCUUCAUGACAUCUCUCAUUAUUCCUGGGCCAAAAUCUCCAGGUAAUGACAUUGAUGUUUACUUACAACCGUUAGUCGAUGAACUGCUUGAAUUUUGGGAACAUGGGAUACCUACGUAUGAUGCCUCCACAAAGGAAACGUUCGUGUUGCACGCUGCUUUAUUGUGGACAAUCAAUGACUUUCCAGCGUAUAGGAAUCUUUCUGGUUGGUCAACAAAGGGAAAAUUGGCAUGUCCAUCUUGUAACGAAGGCAUUGAUUCCAAUUGGUUGACGUAUGGACGAAAAUUUUGUUAUAUGGGACAUCGUCAUUUUUUGCCACUAGAUCACAUGUGGAGACUGAGAAAACAUUUGUUCAAUGGUAAAGAAGAUCAUCGCCCACCACCAAAGAUUUUAGAUGGUGCUGAUAUUGUAACUCAACUACAGAUGCUUGGGGAAGUGCAAUUUGGUAAAUCUCGUCGAAAGAGGAAGCGCACUACUGAAGAGUUGAACUGGACAAAAUAUAGCAUUUUGUUCAAGUUACCGUAUUGGGUAACCCUGCGGCUUCGCCAUAAUCUAGAUUUCAUGCAUAUUGAAAAGAAUAUAUUCGAUAACAUAUUAUGUACUUUGAUGAACAUCCCUGGUAAAACUAAGGAUAAUAUCAAUUCUCGACGUGACCUAGAGAUCUUGGGCUUCAGAAAAGAAUUACAUCUUAAGCAUGAAGAUAAACGUGUUACAAUGCCACAUGCAUUGUACACAUUACACGGUGAUGAGAAAAGGAAAUUUUGUGAAUGGUUGGCCGAUGUGAAAUUUCCAGAUGGAUUUGCUUCGAACAUCUCGCAUUGUGUUUCAGUACGUGAUUGCAAAAUCUCAGGGUUGAAAAGCCAUGAUUGUCAUGUUUUCAUGCAAAGACUACUUCCUAUUGCCGUGGGGGGGUUCUUACGAACUGAUAUCGCAUUGACUUUAACUGAACUGAGCACGUUGUUUAAGGAGUUGUGGAUGUAUCCAUUUGAGAGGUAUCUUGGCAAGUUCAAGAGGUAUGUGAAGAAUAAAGCCCGCCCAGAAGGCUCAAUAGCUGAAGCCUACAUUCACAUCGAAUGCUUGACUUUUUGCUCAAUGUAUCUCCAAGAUAUUGAGACAAAGUUUACUCGAACAGACCGCAACAUUGAUGGUGGAGAUCCCGAGAAUAUAGAUGGAUUCAAGAUUUUCAACCAGAAAGUUCGUCCCAUGGGUAUAGCUUCUAACUUUCAAUUAUCAGAUAAACUCCUAAAGGAAGCAACCUGGGAGCACUAUGAAAAAUGUAAAGUAGAUAGCCCAAAUUCUAUCGAUCGAACACAUCAAACUUCGUUUCCAACUUGGUUGAAGAAACGAGUUCAGGAGCAGCGUAUAACUAACCCACUUGAUGUAAACGCUGAUUUGUAUGCGCUAGGUUGCGGGCCUGAACGGUGGGUUGCAUCCUAUGCUGCGUGCAUUAUAAAUGGCAAAAGGUUCCAUACGAAAGAACGUGAAUUUCGAUGGCGGACACAAAAUUCAAGGGUGUUUGUAAUUGGGGAUGAAAGUACUAAUAAUGUUGACUUCUAUGGUGUUAUUAAUGAUAUAGUGGAGUUACACUACAUGGGAAGACGUCAGGUGUACUUGUUCAUGUGUGAUUGGUUUGACGUUGGUGAUACAAGACGAGGGGUUCGAGUUGAUAACCAUAUGUACAGUAUCAAUAUGGACAGGACUUGGUAUAAGGAUGAACCAUUUGUGUUGGCAUGCCAAGCUUCACAGUGUUUCUACAUUAGAGAUAUAAGGGCGAAAGGGAGAUGGUUUGUGGUGCAGAAGUACAUGAAUAGGAAUGUAUAUGACAUUCCACUAGUGUCGAGGGUGUUAUCAUCACUUGAUGGAUCAUCAAGUGAUGAUGAUGUCUAUCAAGAAAAUGAGGCAUCAUGUGAUUAUGCACCAUUGCCGUGUGAUGCAUGUCCAAUGUCUACUCCAUUGAAUAGGAAUGACGUAGAACCUAUGGUCAUUGAUGCACAAGAAGUGACUAGUCCGGCUGGGCAAAACAUGCGUGUAGCAGACUUUAUUGACGAUGGCAUGAUUGCAUCUGGUUCAGGCUAUGCGUCUGAUGAUGGGGAAUAUUCAGAUGAGGAAGACUUAUCCACAGACAACGAGUCUAGGUCAUCUUAG